AUGUCUUCGAAAACAUCGAAAUCGAAACAUUCGGGACCUUCAACAUUAGGAAAAUUAUAUCUUAUCGCGUACAACGGUAUUCAAACGCUUGGUUGGUCUUACCUAUUGCUACAAACUGCCACAUUUUUCCUCAAUCGUGGAAAGUUAGAGGACUUCUGGAAUGAAAUAAAGUGGACGGUCAUAAUAUUCCAGAAUGCUGCGUUAUUGGAGGUCGUCCACUCAGCGAUUCGUCUGGUGCCUUCAAAUGUGAUAGUUGUGUUCAUGCAGAUAUUCUCAAGAGUUUUCCUAGUUUGUGGCAUGUUAUUAGCCACACACAGUGCCACAGUUAGCCCCGGCCUGCCACUUUGCGUUAUUGCCUGGUCUAUAACGGAAAUUAUAAGAUACGCGUAUUACGCACUCAAUUUGGUUAACUUCGUACCACAAAUCCUGUUGUUCUUCAGGUACUCGACUUUCCUUAUAUUGUAUCCCAUCGGCAUAACCGGUGAACUUCUAUGUAUGUACCAUUCUCUGGAUGAAGUGGUCGAGAAGCAGUUGUUCACGGUCUCUAUGCCGAAUACCUGGAACUUCAUCUUCAAUUACUAUUAUUUCCUUGUAUUCUACAUGUCUUUAUACAUCCCACUGUUCCCAUACCUCUUCGGACACAUGUUGAAACAGAGAAGGAAAAUGCUUGGAGACGACACCAAAAAGACAGCAUAA